AUGCGCACCAUUGAGCCAUGCGUCUCCGGCAGCUCCUUCCUUGAGAAGUCUCAAGUUGGAGAGUACUUGCGCGUGUGGUGGUACAGGGUUAGACUGUCAGCCCUGAAGGAUGACCGUUUCCAGAUGGUGCUUUUCACGCCGCGCCUGGUGCGCAUCACGCUUUCCAACGUCAGCGUGUCGGACGAGGGCGGCUACUUCUGCCAGCUCUACACGGACGCCACGCACCACCAGGUGGCCACGCUGUCCGUUUCCGUGCCCCCGGAGACGCCCACCGUUGAGGUGAAGCAGGAGGCCGUGGAGGGCGGCGAGGUGGAGCUCACCUGUGUGUCGCCACGCAGCAAGCCUGCCGCCACGCUGCGAUGGGUCCGGGCUGGACGGGAGCUACCAGGUGUGGUAUCCCAGCAGAAGAAUGGGAAGACGGACAGCGUGUCCAGCACCAUCCGCAUCGCGGUGGAGAGGAAAGACAAUGGCGCGGCGCUGAGCUGCGAGGCGUCCCACCCCGCCCUGGGCGGACAGAAGAAGAUCCGCCACUACCGCCUCGACGUCUACUUUGCCCCCACAGUGAGAAUCGUUCCUCCCGCCGGUAUUCUGCGAGAGGGAGACUCGCUCAGCCUCACCUGCUCUGUUACCGGCAACCCACUGCCGCGAAACAUUCAGUGGUCAAGGAUCAACGACACUUUACCCGAGAGGGCCGAGAUUUCCGGCCCCACCCUCCAGAUCUCUCGCCUCAGCCAGUCGCACAACGG